AUGCAAACUGAGACAGAUAAUGAACAUGAAGCAGAAAAAGAAACUUUGGAUUUCACCAUAAGGUACAAAGAUGUCCUUGACAGAUCAGACAUCCCUAAGCUUGAGAUCCCAUUCACAAUACAGGAUGUCAUCGCUAAGACUGAGCAAGCACAGCUCCAUCGAGCCAGAGAGGGCCUUAAUAUGGAGCUGAGUGACAUAAUGCACAAUGUGCAGCGGAUAUUAAAUCGCUAUACUGUUGAUGAGCAUGUGCACUCUGGAAGGAAGAUAUUCCUUGAAGAACAUAAGAAACGGAGAACAAGUUUGCUGGAGAAACUAGCUGCUUAUAUUAAGUCUGCUGAUAUUAAAGACAAGACUCUUGCCGACUUCCUGGCCUGGUUGGAAGAAUGGCAUGCCAUUCUGUCUGGGAUGACUGCAAUCGAUAUUGAUGAACACUACCACUGGAUAGCACAAAUGGAGAUGUUACCAGAAACAUUCAAAUCUAUUGAGAACAGUGUUAAGAUACUGAGUAGGAUUAGUACAUCUUUGCUUGAAGAAAAGAGGAAACAAAAGAAAACAACAGCAUCUAGAGGUUCUCUAUGGAAAUCCUGGAAAGAAAGAGUUAUAAAGCGACCUGCAGCAGCUCAUGCUUUAAGACCAGAUCAGAUGAUUAGUGAUGAAUUUGCAACAAAUACAAAGGUUUCAGAAAUCCAAGAUAUGCUACAGGAACUCAUAGGUACUGCAAUGUUCAAUAAACUGGAAAACAAUGCUAUUAAAUAUAUAUCAGCAACAAUAGGAAACCUUUCUAAAGCUCUGAGUACACUAAAUGAUGAAGUAAAAUUUAUUAACCUCCAAAGUGCCAAUAUGUACAUAAAUGAGACAAGUGAAGGAGAAAAAGAGAUUUCCCUGAAGAUAGUACAAGAUCUCAGUGAAAAAAAUGAAAUGCUUCAGCAGAAGCUUCAAGAAGCUGAAGAAAAAUAUGAACAACUCAUUCAAUCCAAAGGUGUAGAACACCAAGCAUUGCCCACAUCAACGUUGGAAGUGUUAUCUGAGCCUUCUCCACAAUCAUCCAUGGCCGUUAGCCAAGCUCACAUAGAAGACAGUAUAAACAACAUUUUAUCCAAAGAAUUUAAAAACACUCCAGAUGAGGUCCAAAGAAAAGGGACCAAACCCUUGGGGAUCAAGUGGGACUCAGCUAUUUCAUAUACAGAUCCAGCAGAAAUGAUUUCAGAUUUAACUGACCAGCAAUACUCUUUACCUGAAAAAAAACAGAAAAAGUCUUCUGAAGAUAUCACUGAAGAUAAGAUAUCAGAGAAGAAAGGUGGUGCCUAUGAGAAAGAUGAGACUAAUCAGUAUCAGUCACAGAAAGGAAAGCAUGUGAAAGGUCCACCUGUCCCCAAAACAUCUGAAUCAAGUCCAAAUGACGAUAAAGGUAAACACAAAGUUGCAGGGACCAAACCUGAUCACCACUUUGAGUUACCAGCACUGGAAGAGAAGAGAAAAGAAAGAAAAUCUUUUUCUGAAGCCAAAUCAAAGUCAUCCACUGAAUCAAAAAGUCAACAUGCUGAUUUCCCUUCUACUGACACAAAGAGCCAAGGUGGCAAAAGCGGAACAAGUAGUUUAUGGGAACAACUCAGGAAGGCCAAACCUGAAUAUUCACUUAGCAAAAGCCAAAUUUCUUCAGGGGAUAAAGAGGAACUUACCACUGAGUCAACAGACAAAGAGGGCAAACAUAAGAUGAGUAGCCUAGCAGAACCAUUCAGGCUGAGCCAACUGGAUUAUUCCUCUGAGAAACUGAAAAUAAAAGGAAAGAAACACCAAACCUCUCCUGGAACCACUGCAAGCAAAGAAGAAAAAACUGAAGAGAAGGAUAUGUUAGUCUCCAACAAGAAAGUCAAGUCUUACGAACUUGUUAAAUUACAACCUAGGACAACUAAAGAGACUUCAGACUCUACCAGAGCUCUAGGAAGUCCAGACAGCAAAAGUGAACAGAAUAACCUAGAAGAAUUUCAGAAAGCCAUAAUGGCAUUCCUAAAAGAGAAAACUGAUAACAUAGGAAAGCCUUUGGAUAAAAAGACUGUGCCAAAAGAGGAGCUGUUAUUAAAUACAGCAGAAGUUGAAAAAUUAGGAAUCAUAAAGACAAAAAUGGAGGAAUAUUUCCAAAAAGUGGCUGAAUCUGUGACAAAAAUCUUGAGAAAAUACAAAGAUAUAAAAAAUGCAGGACAAGUUGGAGAGAAACCUAUGAAACAAAAAAAGGAAGUCUCAUUUAUGCCAGGAUUGCAUUUUCAGAAGCCGAUUAGUGCAAAGUCGGAAAUUAGUGCCUUACUUUCACAUGAGAGCCUUGACCCACUAACUUACAAUUUAAUACAAAUGAUCUUGACUGAAAUAGAAAGUGAAAGAGAUGUUCCAGUAGCCUCAACAGUAGGGAGAGACCAUAAGGAGAAGGAAAAACAAAGACAGGAGGAAUAUUUGCAAGAGGGUCAACGGAAGAAUUUUGGUACAAUUUUCAAACACCACUUGCAAGGAGAAAGGAGCUAUGAGACAAUAAAUCAGAAUUUGGAGAAGGAAGGGACAUGGCUCCCAGUGAAGGAGGGAAAGCAAAGGCAACAGAAGCAGAUACAGUGGAAAGAGGAAGAAGAGGUGUGGAAGGAACAGCAAAAACAGAGGAUGCAAAAGCAGAUUAAGCCAGAUGAGAAGCAAAAGCAAGGGGAAGAGGAGAGAGAAGGGCAUCAGAAGCCAAAGCAGCAGCACCUGGAAACAUGGAAGCAAAAAAUAAAAGAGCAAGGGGUGCUCCUGGAGAGGGAGAAAAGACAGCAGAUGCUGCAGGUUCAGGAAGUGAGACACCUGGAGCAAGAAAGCAGUUGGGAGAGAGAGGAGGAGAAGCAGAAGCCAAGGAGAAAGGUAGAGGACUAUGAAAGGCAGAGUCAGAAAACAGCCAAGGAUCAGACAAAGACUUCUGAAGAGCUAGAACAGUUUCUCAGUCAAACUUCAGUGACAUUGCCUCCCAUGUGGAAGAGCAUAACAAAAGAUGCAUUCCAGUUACAGCAAACAAAAAAGUUCAAAAGGAAUCUUAAGAAAUUAGAGAUUCUUGAGGAAGGACAGCACCCCAUACCAAUCACUCCUCCCACUUUCACAGAAUCUUCCUCACCCAGGGUCUUUUCUAUUUCUGGACAGUCUCCCACAAAGUCCAUAAAUCUUACCCCUCAGCAGGCUCAGGCAAUAGAAAUUGAUCUCACCCCUGAGGAGACCCAGACACUGGGAAUCACUCCUACCUCUCAUCAGUUUCAGGCGUUGGAGGAAACCCCUACUUCUAAGAUGUCUCAGGGUUUGGAAGCAGCCCACAUACUUGAGCAGGCACAGGCAGUGAGGACUCUUCUCAUUCUAGACCAGAUCCUUAAAUCGAAGAACCCUUUCAAACUUCAGCAGGAACAGAUAUUAGAGGCAUCUUUCACUCCAGAACAAGCCCAGGUACUGAGGAUCCCAAUUACCCCUGAGCAGGCCAAGGAAGAGGGGACUACUGUCACACCUGAGCAGGCCCAGGCUCAAGGCAUCACCCUCACCCCUCAGCAGGCCCAGGCACUGGGGGUCACUCUCAUUCCUGAGCAGGUCCAGGCUCAAGGCACCAUCCUCACUCCUCAGCAGGCCCAGGCAUUGGGGGUCACACUUACCCCUGAGCAGGCCCAGGCUCAAAGAAUCAACCUCACCCCUCAGCAGGCCCAGGCACUGAGGGUCACACUUACCCCUGAGCAGGCCCAUGCACUGGGGGCUCAGGGCAUCACCCUCAACCCUCAGCAGGCCCAGGCACUGGGGGUCACACUCACCCCUGAGCAGCCCCUGGCUCAAAGAAUCUCCCUCACCCCUCAGCAGGCCCAGGGUUUGGGGGUCCCUUUCACUUUAGAACAGGCUCAAGUAUUGCAGGUUUCUCUCUCUCCAGAACAGUUUGGGGAAUUAGGGGCCCCUCUCAUCUCAGAUAAAGUCUAUGACUUAGAAUCUCCCCAUACCCCAGAACAAAUCCAACUUUUGGGAACCCCCUUCACCCCAGGACAGGCCCGUUCCAUGGGUAUUACCCUUAUGUCUGAGCAGGGUCUAAAAUCUAGACCUUCUCUCAUUAAUAAGCAACCCUCACGAUGGUGGGUUGGUCCUCCUUCAGGAUAUACCCUGGGAGUUGAGGGCUUUUCCAUUGCUGAUAAAUCUGUAACAGCAAGUGCUCCUCACAUUCCUAAGCAGUCUCCCGCAACACCUGCUCCUGUUGCUGAGAAGUCCACUAUAUUAGAGGUCUCUUCUACUCCUCUGCUGAUAUCAGGGUCUCCUCUUACACAAGCCCCCCUUGCCCCUGGGAAAUCUGUGGGAAUGAGGAUUCCUUCAGACCCUGGGAAGCUCCUGGCACCACAGACUUUUCCUUCCUCUAGACAGAACCCAGUUUCUAAGGGUCAAUCCACCUCUGUUCAGCUCCCAACACCAGUUCACAGCCUAGUAUCUGGGUUUCCUCCCAUUCCAGGGCAGCCCCUUAUAUCGAAGCUCCCUGUUGUCCCCAGACAGUCCCUUAUAUCUGGAGUCCUACCCACCUCUGCACAGAUUCCCAGUGUCUGGGCUCCUCUCUCUCCAGGGAAGCCCUUGGUUCCCGGGGCCUCUUCCAUCCCUGGAGGGCUCUUGGAAUCUGGACCCUUAACCCUCUCUGAGCAGCCUCAGGUAUUCCAGACCCCUGCCACCAAUGAGCAAUCUCCCUAUCUACAAGCCCCUUUUACCCUUAGGCAGCAUCUGGCACCAGCGACCCUUCCUGGGCAAACUUCCUCACUAUGGAUCCUUCCUACCCCUGGGUCUUCCCCAACACUAUGGGUGCCCUCAAUCCCUGCAAAACCCCAGAAAGAUUUAUCCUCUCCUGUCUCUAAGAAAAGUAAGGAAAGACUGCUAAUUAUUUCUUCUCUGAAGUCUAAAUCAGCAUUGGUCCAUCCCAGUGCUUCAAAUUUCAAGGUAUCUCAAGCCCCUUUCACCACUAAGAAGUUCCCAAUAUCAGAGGUCUCUGACACUUCUAAAGAAAUCCAGAUACCCCAAGAUCCUUUUGCCAUGGAACAACCUAUAACAUUUCAGUCUUGUCUCACUGAUUACAGGACACCAGUAUCACAAACCCCUGAUAAGGGGGAACUUCCCACUCUCAUGAAGCCUGUAACAUCACUACCUUCUCUUACUAUUCUUACCAAGACAUCUCAGAGCUCACUUUCUGAAUGGGACCAGAAAUCCCGAUUCCCUCCCAUAGAUAAGUCCUGGAUUCUGACUUCAGUUUCAGGUACCAAGAAAUCCAAGAUUAUGGCACCCACUUCCUAUCCCCAAGAGCUCAAAGAGAAGUAUUUUGUUGAUGUGGAGGCUCAAGGGAAGAACCUGAUUCUCUUAAGUCAGGCCACAAAAGCUUCUGGACUCCCUUCACAACUACAUACAACGGCUAGGAAUCUCAUAAUUGAGACCCUUCAUACGGACGCAGUUCGGCUAGGAUACGUAUUCCGCAAGUACAUUGCCUAUAGGCUGAUCCAGCGUGCAAGAAACAACAUAAUCCAACGAUUACUAGCCAUCCAAAAUACUGGGAAAGGUUAUGAGACCCAGAACCUCUACGUAAUGCUGAACAGAAUUGAUGACUACCAAGAAAAGGUGAUGCAGAUUUGGACAGAGAAGCAGAAGUCUCUAGAGCAGAAACGGAAUCAGUGCCUGAGGAAAAUGAUGUACUUAUUUAGCCAGCUCCAAGAGAUUUAUAAAUUGAAUCUCAGUCAACCUAUCCCUUUGAUCAUCAACAAAAAGCAAAUACAUGCCUCUACCAAAUUUGUUCAACGGACAUUCCUAGAGCUACAAAAAGAAGAGGACAGAAAGUAUGACAUAUUCAAGAAAUUUAGACAAGAAGACCAAAUAAAAGCCAUCUGGAAUGCUGAUCUAUCCACUUCAAGCUACCCAAUAACAGAGAAGACACCAAUGUAUUCAUUCUGGGCCCAGCUGGGUGGGUUCCCAGAUAUUCCGAUGCUGCUCCAGUUAGAUGUUCAGUCUACCUUCAGAAGAUCUCUUGCAUGCCUUCAGUCAAAGUAAGUUAGUUUGGUAAUUGGGUCUUUGGUCAUAUACCUUUUGUUUCCCUGACUUGACUUUCUCUUACAGCACCAGGUAGUUAUCAAAAGUAGGUUCUUGAUGUGAGGUCAGAUUCACACCAGUCAUAACACAGUACAGGUAAAUUCAGCAUUAGUCUUUUAGUGUUUCUCUUCAUAGGCCUGCAGAUGUCACUACUGGAAUAAUAUAAACAAACAAAAAAGCAGUUAUGGUCCCAUGAAA